AAAAAAUUUGGUAAGGAAAGACCUCUUCUGAGGAGGUGACUAUUGAAUUGAGCAAUGGAGGAUGGGAAGGAGCCAGUCAAGCAGAGAGCUUGGGGAAGGGCGUUCCAGGGGUAGGGAACAGCAAGGGCAAAGGCUGUGAGUGGGAAUGUUGGUCAAGCAAUAGAAGGAAACCAGAGUCUGUUGACUGGAGAGAACAGGGGAAGAAUGGCAUAGGAUGAGGCCAGAGGGAAAAGCAGAGGUCAGAUUUUCUAGGGCAAAGCACUUUGAUUUUACUCUAAGGGCAACAGAGAGCCAUUGAAGAAUUUAGAUAGGGAAAUUAUGUGAUUUGGUUUAUGUUUUUAAAGUUUUUCUUACUGGGGAGUAGACUGUAGGGGUGCAGGAAAGGAAGCAGGAAAAUGGGCUAGAAGGCAAUUUCAGAAGUCCAAAGAGAGCUGCUAUUGGCUGGGACCAGCAUGGCAGCAGUCGAGAUGGAGAGAAGUGGUUAGACCUUCAGUGUGUUUUGGAGGUAGCACUGACAGGCCAAGCUGUGCUGUCCAAUACAAUAGUCAUGGCUACUGUCGCUAUUUAUUUUCUUAUUUAUUCUCAGAGACAGGGUCUCGCUAUGUUGCCCAAGCUAGCCUCCGACUCCUGGGCUUCAGCCAUCCUCCUGGGUCAGCCUCCAGAGAACUUGGGACUACAGGCAUGCACCACUGUAACUACCUUCUGGCCUGCCAGGAUGGAGGGGCAUGCUGAAAUGGAGAUGCUGAGGACACUGAAGGGGCCUUCCACAGGGGAGGUCAGCGUGCACUUGAUGGCCAGAGACAGCCCCGGUUCUGGUCCUCACCUGCCUGCAACUGCCUUUAUCAUUCCAGCCAGCUCGGCCAACCUCGGCCUGCCCAGCAGUGCCCUGGAUGUGUCUUGCUUUCCCCGGGAGCCAAUCCAUGUGGGUACCCCGGAGCAAGUGGCCGGCAGCGAACCGGUUCCUGCCACUGUCCUGCCGCAGCUUAGUGCCGGGCCGGCCAGCUCCAGCACCAGCACAGUGCGGAUUCUGGAAUGGACAGAGGCCGCGGCCCCGCCCCCUGGGGGCGGCCUGCGGUUUCGGAUAAGCGAGUACAAGCCGCUGAACAUGGCGGGAGUGGAGCAGCCCCCGAGCCCCGAGCUGCGGCAGGAAGGCGUGACCGAAUACGAAGAUGGCGGGGCCCCUGCUGGAGAUGGCGAGGCGGGCCCCCUACAAGCGGAGGACCACCCCCAGAAUCCUCCAGAAGAUCCCAAUCAGGACCCCCCAGAGGAUGAUAGCACCUGUCAGUGCCAGGCGUGCGGGCCUCACCAAGCCGCGGGUCCAGAUCUUGGUUCCUCUAAUGAUGGCUGCCCUCAGCUGUUCCAGGAGCGGUCAGUCAUAGUGGAGAACUCCUCAGGCUCCACCAGCGCUUCUGAGCUCCUCAAACCCGUGAAGAAGAGGAAGCGCAGGGAAUACCAGAGCCUAUCAGAGGAGGAGUCGGAGCCAGAGGCCAUGGAGAAGCAAGAAGAAGGAAAGGACCCAGAGGGACAACCCACUGCUAGCACCCCGGAGAGUGAGGAGUGGAGCAGCAGCCAGCCUGCAACAGGUGAGAAGAAGGAAGGCUGGUCGUGGGAAUCCUACCUAGAGGAGCAGAAGGCCAUUACUGCCCCAGUCAGCCUCUUCCAGGACUCCCAGGCAGUCACUCACAACAAGAAUGGCUUCAAACUGGGCAUGAAGUUGGAAGGCAUUGACCCUCAACACCCGUCCAUGUACUUCAUCCUCACUGUGGCUGAGGUAUGUGGCUAUCGCCUACGCCUGCACUUUGAUGGGUAUUCUGAGUGCCAUGACUUCUGGGUCAAUGCCAACUCCCCUGACAUUCACCCUGCUGGCUGGUUUGAGAAGACGGGGCACAAGCUGCAGCCUCCCAAAGGUUACAAGGAGGAGGAGUUCAGCUGGAGCCAGUACCUGCGCAGCACAAGAGCUCAGGCUGCCCCGAAGCACCUGUUUGUGAGCCAGAGCCACAGUCCCCCACCCCUGGGCUUCCAGGUGGGCAUGAAGCUGGAGGCUGUUGACCGCAUGAACCCCUCCCUUGUCUGCGUGGCCAGUGUGACCGAUGUGGUGGACAGCCGCUUCCUGGUGCACUUCGACAACUGGGAUGAUACUUAUGACUACUGGUGUGAUCCCAGCAGCCCCUACAUCCACCCAGUGGGCUGGUGCCAGAAGCAAGGAAAGCCCCUCACCCCUCCACAAGACUACCCAGACCCUGAUAACUUCUGUUGGGAGAAAUAUCUGGAAGAAACUGGGGCCUCUGCUGUCCCCGCUUGGGCCUUCAAGGUGCGACCCCCUCACAGCUUCCUGGUCAACAUGAAGCUGGAGGCUGUGGACCGCAGGAACCCAGCCCUGAUUCGCGUGGCCAGCGUGGAGGAUGUGGAGGACCAUCGGAUAAAGAUCCACUUUGAUGGCUGGAGUCAUGGCUAUGAUUUCUGGAUCGACGCUGACCACCCAGACAUCCACCCUGCCGGCUGGUGCUCCAAGACAGGACAUCCCCUGCAGCCUCCUCUCCGACCCAGAGAGCCCAGCUCUGCCUCCCUUGGGGGCUGUCCCCCUCUCAGCUAUAGGAGCCUGCCCCACACUAGGACAUCCAAAUACAGCUUUCACCACCGCCUCUUCUUCCCCAGGAAGUGCCCCACUCCUGGUUGCGAUGGCUCUGGCCAUGUCACAGGCAAGUUCACAGCUCACCAUUGCCUCUCAGGCUGCCCGCUGGCUGAGAGGAACCAGAGCCGGCUGAAAGCAGAGCUGUCUGACUCAGAGGCCUCAGCUCGCAAGAAGAACCUCUCAGGCUUCUCCCCAAGGAAGAAGCCUCGCCAUCAUGGCCGAAUUGGACGCCCUCCGAAGUAUCGAAAGAUUCCGCAGGAAGAUUUCCAGACACUCACGCCCGAUGUUGUGCACCAGUCCCUCUUCAUGUCAGCCCUGUCGGCCCACCCUGACCGCUCACUCUCAGUGUGCUGGGAGCAGCACUGCAAGCUCCUGCCAGGAGUAGCGGGCAUCUCAGCCUCGACAGUCGCCAAGUGGACCAUCGAUGAGGUCUUCGGCUUUGUUCAGACCCUGACAGGUUGUGAGGACCAAGCACGCCUCUUCAAAGACGAGAUGAUUGACGGCGAGGCCUUCCUUUUGCUGACACAGGCGGACAUUGUGAAGAUCAUGAGCGUCAAGCUGGGCCCAGCCUUGAAGAUCUAUAACGCCAUUCUCAUGUUCAAAAACGCCGAUGACACCUUAAAGUGACUGGCCCAGGGCUGGGCCCUCCUGCGGCCCCUGCUUGGUCUCCCUCUCCAGCUGAUGCUUUCUUCCUGACCUGAGUUCCUCAUACCCCCACGUCCCCAUGUUCCACCUGUAUCUGACCAGGGCUAGUCCUUCUUAGAGGGUACAUGGGAGCCGAGGAGCCCUGGGGAGGGUAGGCACCCAGCCCCAAGUCCUAGAGGUCAUUCGCCACCAGGCAUGUCAGUGAGGGUGUGAUUGGCAGGGGCAUUACUCAUGGAGUCAGUGGGACUGUGGCAACCCCACAGCUCCAGUGGACUUUUAUUUUAUUACCAAAGGGUCUUUUUCUUAGCGGUUGAGGAGAGUCUAGUAGAGCAGCAGUCCUUCAAUCUGAGGCCCCUUUCCCUUUUUUGGUAUCUCUGUGUGCUUUUCUCUUCUUGGCUCCUUUCCUCCUGCCAAGAAUGACCCUGCCACAAACGUAUUUACUCCUGGAGGCACCUCCUCCCUUUCUGUCUGCUGGUUUUGCUGCCCUCAUUCUGCUGCCUCGUUUCCUGGGCAGUGCCCCCAGCCAGACCCCACUGGCUCUUCCCCCUGAGAUAUGUGAACCUCAGAAACAUGUUUUCAUAAGAUCCCUUGGAAGUCUCUAGCUGCCUUUCUCUCUUUUGCCCAGAAUUGAGAGAUUCUGAGCUAAGAUGCCUUCCUGAACUUGCCCAGUUCUGGACCAGUUGACAUUUUAGUAUCCCAUGCCAAGUCCAAGUUCCAGCAGAAUGAGCAGGUGGCUAGAGCCUCUUUUAUAGAUGGCAGAGGUUGAGGUUCCACUGCUGUUUUCCACACACCCUUCAUGUGUUGUGUCUGGAAAGGAGUAAGCCCAGCCUGGUCAGUAGCCUAGGUUAGGAGACCAGCAUAAGAAUUUGUUAGACAAUCUCGGGUCUUUGGCCAGAGGGGCAGCUCCAGCAGGCAUAGUGGUGCCUGAAAUUAGGAAUAGUGUCCUCUGCAGCCUUGGACCUCAGCCAAGGUAUUGCCCAUGGGGUGAUGGCCCCAGGUCUGCCAGGCCUUCUGCCAUGAAAAUGUAGCACUCUGUGUAGCACACACCCCCAUGAUAUCAUUCAGCGUGUCCCUUAAAUGUUUACCACUAGCUCUUGCAGAGUCUUGAAGUUGGGAGUUAGGAAGGUGAACUUUUCUAUCUGAAUUCUCCGGGUCCCUGAAGCCCUCCUUGCCGCUCUCCAUUUGUCUUGCACUGCCAGCCAGGUCCCUGCUGGGGCUCUGGGACUUCCACUUCUCUGUCCACAUAGGAACCCAGCUUCCACUGAGUCACUGCCAAACCUGCCUCCCAGCCUGGGUGGGAAGGGGGAGAGCCACUGGCAGGAGCCAGCCCCACAUGGAGGCAAGGAGUCACUGCCAACCUCCCGUGCCCAGGUGCUGUUGUGGGCCUGCAGAGUGUGGGGCCGGUGCCUUCUCCCAGACCCCUUCUCUCAAUCGUGUGAUGCGUGUGUGUGUGCACGUGUAUGUGUGCGUGUGUGGCACUCUCAGAAGUGUUUGACAGGGUGCAGAUGUGAGGCUCAGUGUUGGGAAAAUGCCAAGGGCUAUUAUUAAAAUUUGAAGCUUUAUUUUUACCUUAGAAGUGGAAAACCCAGAGCUCUGUCGAUUUCCUACCACAACCCAGUAGGGGCCCCUCUCUCCCAUGGGCUGGACAGCUUUUUGAGGAAGCCAUUCAGCUCCCACAGUUGAGCUCCCACAGGGCUUCAGGUGUCCCUUCCCUUUCAACUGCUUAGAGGCAGCUUUGAGCACAGCCUUCCUGGAAGGAAGCUAGGCAAGCCCUGCCACACGGCAAAGGUUGGGUUUACAAGGGUGACAUUGGUACCCCCUUGGCCAAGAGUAAAGUAGAACGAGUCUAAGCCCUGCUUUUAUCUUGGUUUUCUGGGUGGUGGCAGAGCUCAUCAGCUCCUUAUCCUCAGUCGGCUUCUCUAAAAGACGAGAGGUGUUCACUGACUUUGUGCAGUGAGAAGGCAGCAAGUACUCAUGGCUGGUGCUGUGGGACCUCACAGCUUCUAAGGAGAGGGGCUAGGAGGGCCUUUGCCCUCGGAUCUGCGUAAUGCUUGCCUGUGGUAAAGGCAAGAUGGACCAAGGGCCUUGGAAAAAAGGGCUCCCAGGCCUCUGAACUUUGAGGCCUCAGCACUUUCUGCACUGUUGUCAAACUCUUUGGAAAGAAACCAAAUCAUUAAAAAGUAGAAAGAAAUCUGCCUCUUGUCUGCCCCACUGCCCCUUUACCCCUACUCUGUCCCCAAAUGAUAUUAUUGCACCUUGACCUGGGAGUGCAGAGAGGGGAGGGAGUUGGCAGAGAUUCCUGGUGCCCUCUGCCCUCUUAGCAACAGGUGCCACUUAUAUUUUGGCCCCUGGCAGCCUCGCCCAGCCCCUGAUCAGCCCAGGCCUAGGGCAGUUAGGACCUUUCUGUUUAUGUUCUCAAGCAGAGAGAAUGAUCUCAGAGUUUGCAAAUGAAGCCUUUUUUGCACUUUCAUUCACAUGCACUUUGGUGGGGUUACAUUUUUGUACUUGCCUUUUGUGUGUGCACAUGUGUGUGUGUGUCUUUUAAGAGAAUCUUCUGGCUUAAGCUAAGAUGACUCUUGAGGGAGAAAAAGUUACAAACAAAAUGUGGUGUGAUUUGUCGGUGUAUCAAAACAACAUAAAUAAACUUGAACAACUGAGAUUCA